CACUUUACUGAACGGUUUUGAAGUGCAUAUAAGGUCUCGCCCAAAAGAUUUUUCCCCUCCUAUAAAUGAACCCAGUAGUAGACCUCGCAUUUAGACGUAUUUCGAGGCGCUAUUUCAAACCAAUUGGCAGAGGUCAGCCAUAGCAAUGCCUAUCCGUGAGGUGGCUGGGCCCAUUGGCCUGCAUUGUGGCGCUUAUGGCGAUUGGUGGUGAUGUUGCGCUGGCCGCAACUACGUACGACCUUGAAGAUCACCGCAACUGCGAAGGUCACAUCGACUACAAAAGUUACCACUCCGAUCGCAUCGACAGCGAAGGUAACAUCGACGCCGAAGCCGUCACCUAUCCUUACUUCGACGCUAAAGCCAUCUGACUCCCAGUACAUCAACACCAAAGCCGACCACCCCUCCCGUUACAUCAACACCAAAGCCGCCACCCCUCCUGUGACAUCAGCGCCCAAACCAUCUACUCCGCCCGUGACAGCUACGCCAAAGUCGUCCAACCACCCCGUGACAUCUAUGCUAAAGCCGUCAACUCCCACCAUUGAUCGUCGACGCCACGAUCUGUCAGGAGCAGUGUCACAUCGUCAAGCAGGCCGCUUUCUUCUGUGCCUUCCGCAACUCCCAUUGUGUCAUCAGGCAGGCCGAUCUCGUCGACGCCUGUCGCCACUCAAGUCGCGCCCGCUUCGUCGUCCUAUUCGCCUCCUCCGGUAUCCUCACACUCGACGCCUGCCGCAUCAUCCCUUAGGCCUAAUUCACCAGCUUAUUCGGCUUUUCCUUCGUCUUCACCAGCAUACUCCCCACCUGCCGCUUCUUCUGCCGGGUCGACUGUUUCCUCAUACUUGCCCCCUCCGGCAUCUGGUUCUCCGUGGUACCCGGGUGUGAGCACCUUCAUCGCAUCAGACGCACAUAGACCCAGCAGCUCCUUUGCAGCUUACAGUCCCCCGCCCUCAGCUGGUGAUGCCUCAUUUUCACCGCUACAAACGGCCU